AACAAUUUUCUUAUCAGUAGCCGGAACGUAAACAGUGUCGAUUUUGGGUGUUUAUUUGCAUAACAGGCAGAAACCGUUCGUGGUAUUCCCGUUCCGUGGUAAUGCGGAUAACAACGUCCCCGGGCGAGCAGCGAUUCGAGCAUAAUCGUAGCAGCAGUGUGUUCUGUCGUGGCAAUUCUCUGGUGAUGGGUCCCGCCGCAAAGCUCAACUACCGCAUUUCGGUGUCAACAUUUUUCGCCAAAUCUCACCCGAGUGACGAAUGCUGCGGAAGCAACGGACUUCCGCUGACGCCCAAUUCGAUCGGGAUCUUUGGACGAUCGCAGGUGCUGAAAAGUGACACGAUGAAACACGUAAAUCUGUGCGAAUAUUUAGAUGUGAUCAGGGGGAAGCAUGAGCGGACCAUAAUAGUGCAAGAAUUCGCCGGAAGCACCUUGACGGAGACGUUCAUUGGAGAGAAUAACAAGCAGGAGAUUCUGCUUAGGAUUGGUUAUCAGGUUCUGCGAGCGCUGUGUCACUUGAAUGGGAAUGGACUGGUUUGUCGAAACCUGGAACCGGCUAAUAUACUCAUCAGUAGAGAUUUUAACGUGAAGUUGUAUAAUUAUGGUUUAUAUUACAUGACAUACGAAGGAAAGUGCGUAUCGUUUCCGAUUGGAAAUGUUAGAUAUCUCGCUCCAGAAGUACUGCUGGGCUCCCGAGAGAACAUCAAAAGUGACGUUUGGUCCCUUGGAAUGAUCUUGGCUGAAAUAGCAUUGGGCUGUAAGCUGUGGGAUUCCCUGAAAUUAUCGCAAGUGUCUCGUAAAGUGCUCAGUUUGACUAAGAUUGGUAAUGUUUUUGAAAAACUUGCCCGAGAGCACAAACAGAUUGAACUCUAUGAAUCGUUGGAUCAGCCGCUCAGAAAAAUAAUAGAAGAAUGUCUUACCGUACCGGUGAGAAGUCGUCCACGAGCGAAAGAUAUUUUGCAGAAUGAGGCAUUCGAUCAUCUUCGCAAUGAAAGCUUUGCUCCGUCUGAUGCUACGGGAAUGACCCUACUUGAGAAACAUUGCGACAAUUUGGCGGAGAUUUACUAUCUUUGGCAGUUGGCUGGUGGAGACGUUCAGCAGGAAUUGAAGAAAGAAGGGUUGAUCAAAAGUGAGGCUCCAAUACUAUCCCUACCAAACUUAGUUCUUCUGAAUGGAAAAUCAAUUUCGCCGCCAAAGAGUCAAAGUUUCCUGCAUGACAGUCGAAUCAUUUUCCUUAACUUCAACAUUCUCUUGGAGCGUCUCUCGGAUAUUCCUGAGGAAGAUUAUCUACCGUUGAUAUAUUCUACGAAUGCUUACUUAGAAUCUCCCAUCUUCAAGACUGACCUUCCGCUGGUAAUCCGAGAACGUGACACGGUGUACCAGUUUUAUCGCAUUAUGCUGCUGAAAACCCUGCUCCAGGGCUAUCCAUACACUCAAGAUUUGCUGAAAAGCUUCGCCAGCAAGGAUAUUCCGCCACCAUUCCGUGGCCACGUCUGGGCCUGUCUGCUUGGCGUGGUGGAAAAUGGUCUCUACGAGCAGUUGGACAAGUGCUCUCCAACUCACACCGAUCGGCAGAUUGAGGUGGACAUUCCCCGCUGUCAUCAGUACAACGAACUGCUCUCGUCCCAGGAGGGACACACCAAGCUGAAGAGGCUGCUCAAGGCGUGGGUCACCGCCCACCCGCAGUACGUAUACUGGCAGGGGCUGGAUUCACUGACCGCUCCGUUCCUGUAUCUCAACUUCAACAACGAAGAACGGGCGUUUUUGAGCUUGUACAAAUUCAUCCCCAAGUACUUGCAUCUGUUCUUCCUCAAGGACAACUCAUCGAUCAUCAAGGAGUACUUGGUGAAGUUUUUCCAGCUGAUAUUUUUCCACGAACCGAUGCUGGCCAAACAUCUGCACGGGAUCAAUUUCAUACCGGAACUGUAUGCUAUACCGUGGUUUUUAACCAUGUUCAGCCACGUUUUCCCGCUGCACAAGAUCUUCCACCUGUGGGAUAAACUCAUUCUCGGCGACAGCUCGUAUCCACUGUUCAUCGGAAUUGCAAUUCUCAAGCAGUUGAAGAAUACACUUCUCAAGUCGGGCUUCAACGAGUGUAUUCUGUUGUUCAGCGACCUUCCGGACAUUGUGAUGGAAACGUGCGUAAAUGAUUCCGAAUCUAUGUAUCAGUUUACGCCCAGCAGCAUCUCGUUUCGGAAGUAUGCAAUGAGUGAAGAUGGACCGGGCGAGUUCGAUCUCAAAUAUUCGGAUGAGGACCAUCGUGAGGUUCAAACCGAACUGUACCCCCGCGUUAGUGUGUAUGAUCUGAUUCGAUUGUUGCGGGACCGCCCCUCACAAGUCGCAAUGCUUGAUCUUCGGAGCAAUCUCGAGUACAAGAAAAUGGCAAUCGAGAACAGUGUCAACAUUCCAUUCAGCUCCGUCUCGCUGAAGGAAUCCCGUUUGAAUGGUCUCAACAUUCCCCGAUUAGAGGACUACCUGCGGAAGAAAAUUGUCGUUAUUAUCAGCACGUCACAUGAAAACGCAAUGCUUUUCGCGAAAUUUCUAGUCGACUGCAACGUUCCUUAUGUGUGCGUUCUGAAUAGAGGUUUCGAAUCGGUGUAUCGAACCGACAACAAACUGGUGUUGCAAACAUUCGACUACAUUACUACAUUGGCAAAAAGUGUACCGAAUAUCUCCAACUACGUAGAUUCGUAGAGGUCGUAACGAUUUCUAGUAUGUCACAUGUGAUAUAUCCUUCUUAGUUAUACAACGAAUUUAAUGUCAUUUUUUUCAAUCAAACUUUACCAGUUUAAAUUGCUUGAACUUUUUUAUAGUAUUAUUAUUGUGUAUAAUCAUGUGUUAUUGAAAUGUUUCGCCUUCGUUAAUUAUCUGUUGCUUUACAUGCCCAAAUAAAUCCUAGUUACUCC